AUGAAUUUCUCAAGCAUAUCUAUUGAUGAAGACUACUACACACUUGAAAAAGACAUCGUAGCAAAAGAUCAUAUUGAGUUCAUAUCGAUUAAUAAAAUAUUCGAAACAGCUUUGGCAGUUGCUCUUUGCAUAUCAUCCACAACUAGCAACUUAAUUGUGAUAUGUUCAAUUUUUUGUGUUUCCAGUAGAACUCACGUACUGGAUUUUUAUAUCAUGUCCAUUACAACCACGAACUUACUGAUCACAGUUGUAGUCAUUCCUUUUUCCAUCGCUGCGAAAUCAGAUCUAUUAGGAGUGUACAGCUUUUUGUUUUGCAGUAUCAGUGGAUACCUGCAUGUCAGCUUAUCAGCCGUUUACAUGUACACCUUCAUGUGGAUGUCAGUGGAUCGAUAUCUUGCCAGAAGGAAAUCUUGCCGCUACGACGUUAUCCAAACACGGACCAGAUGCAAGUGCUGGAUUCUCUUUUCGUGGGUCAUGGCCACCUGUCUUUGCUGCCCUCCUCUAAUAGGUGAUUCCAAAGGACAUUUUUACGCCGAGAGUUUUAUAUGCCUUCUAAACAUCCGAAGCAUGCUACCUUAUUGUAUAACAUUAGGAUGCUUGGUCCUAAUACCUAGUAUUUCGACUUUGUGUUUUACGUACUUUCACAUAUUUACCACACCAGAUAUGGGAGUGAAAGAUGAGGUUGCAGGGUUUAACUCUGACCACAUCGCUACAUUUAUGGUAACUGUUGGGUUUAACAUACUUUGGACUCCGUGGGGAGUACUUAGAAUAUUGGAGCUUAUUUCCAGUAAAAUCUUGGCUAAUCCAACAUCAAGAUUUUGGCUUUUAUUUCUUGGCGAAAUGCAUACCUUAUGGACGCCUAUAGCUCUUUUAAGUUGGUAUAGAAGAUGCCAGACAGGAUUAAGAUUGAUAUUUAGAUGCUGUAUAAAAUCUCAAACAACUGUUCCCUUGUAA